CAGUGGAGGCAGUUGAAGACAAUGAAAUGGCAUGGCUUCGGCCAUCGUUCUGAUAACCCAAGCACAGGAGAACUUGCAUUAUUUUGCCCGGCAUGUCCUCAGCCUGGGAUUAAUGUGCUGUUGUCAGAGGAUGAAUCUCUUGAUGACUGGAAAUACACCUGGUCAUUUGUGAUGGACGGAAAUUUCAAAGCCGAACAUCUGCAUCCCAUUAAGCCAUUCAAUGAAGUUUGGCUGUCCGAUGGGCUUGGAUUCAUGGUAGGAAAGGACAGGUAUAAAAUGCAUCUGGCAGAGGCUGCUGACACAGUGGAAAAAUCAAGCUGCAACAAUCACCGGGCAGUCAAUCAAGCUAAUGCUGCUCGGCACAAGCUGGAGUCCACCAGUAUCGGGGGAGUUGCCUGUGCCAGACACGGUUGCUUUGUCCCUCACUCCAUGGUGGAUUUUCAGAAAGGCGAAAGGCAAGCCACAUCCACCAUUCCCCAUUCACGAGUUAACCAUGGACAAAUGAACAUGGACUACGCCCUUUGUGAGGCUUCCCAGCACAACAUGGAAGGCAUCACCAGGGCUGUCACCUUUUAUGAUAUUAAUUGUCAAUACAACAAACACUUUUGGGUUCGGGUGGAUCGAAGUCGAUUUCUAGAAAUGGCACCACAACUAACCAUCAUUCCCGGAAUUGGGUUAUGGCACAUUCAUGGCCAUCAGGACAGCUGCUAUGUCCGAUAUGCUUCUAACGUUAUUGGAGGCAUUGGUCGGAUUGAUGGAGAGAUCACGGAGACACUAUGGGCACGGCUCAAUCUGAUCUCCCCUGCUGCUCGGGGAAUGUCAUCUCCCCACCAAAAGGAAUGCCUUGAUUAUCAGAUGAAUGACUCCAAUUUCUGCAAGAUGAUUCGCAUGAAAAGGACUCUAUGCCGGAAAUACAAACUGGCUAGGAAUGGUAUCUUAGAAAGUGGAAAGGCAUUCAACAGACUCGAUGAAGCAGCACCCUCACAUUUGAAGACAGAAUGGUUAGCCAGGGAGAGGAUAGCUCAGUCAAGCAGAUUGAAUGAUCCUUCAGCCAUGGAUGAAUAUGAGAUUAAUAUCAAAAAGGCACCUAGCAAAAAGGAGAUGGAGCUUAGAUUGUUAGAGGAGGGUAACGCCCGCAAUGCAGCACCCUCUCACAGAUCUGUGGCGACAUGGAUAUCAACAGGGUUAGCAAUUGAAGAGGCUCAGAUUGCAUUGCUCAUCGAGGUCCAAAGGAUCGGAAGAAGAUCCACCGAGACACAGAGAUUAGACAUCGCCCGUCAACGGGAUUGGCUCCAAGGCCAGAUAGAUGGAUUUGCUUGA